UGAGUAUACCCAAACAGCCUGAAGAACAUUCAAACAUUUGUCGAUGUAUUUUUACAAGCAUAGGAAAUUGUAAAUAUCCAUAUUGAUUCUGAAUCAGGGGGAGCUGAAAGUGUGUAACACCCGCAUAGUGGAUAUAGAUUUAUGUAGGUAUCCGUCAUAGAUGCCAGAUACCUGCCUACCUGCCCAAGUACAUGGAUAGUACACGUAUUUGACCUUCCCCACCUCGUGAAGAGCUCGGGCCAACUUUCACCACUUUCACAUGAACCCUGUUACACGUGUAUCUACGCUGCUGGCGUCCCUCCUUUAAACCUUCAUCUCCAUUCUCAUGAUCUACAAUAAUACAAGUUCAACGAGCAUCUUGUUUUAUUUGGUUGUUGAUUGUUUACUCCUUUCAACCAGUAUCGUCAUUGUCUCUUCCCAGCAUCGUCCUAUUCCCUCGUCCAUCCUUCACAAGUGUAUCACCAAUUUUCAUUCUCAUCCUUGUCCUCAUACUCAGUUUUCAUACCCAAUUCUAUUCGAGAUAUCCAUAUACAAAUAUAUCAGUUAUGCAGCAGGUUCUGCCUUUUGUCCAAGUCAGAGACCUCCCCUCGGCAGCUUCAUUCUACUCCGCCAUAACUCAACCUUUGAAGCUUCGGUAUAUCUCUGCCAAUUCGUCUUCCAUAGUAUACGGUGACACCACCACUGGUACCCCGAAGCCGGUCUUGGAAGUAAGGAGAGCCGGUUCCGGCCAAUCUCUAAGGCCGUCACGGGUGGUACUUUCAGCCCAAUCACCACAAGUCCUAGCCGCUUUCCGCGCUGCUGCCAUACGAGCAGAUCCUGACCUCCCCAUCGAAACAGAUGGCAGGAGCCGUGUAGAACUGACCGACUAUGACGGGAAUAGAAUAGAAGUCGUGUGUUCGGGAGGUGAGGAGUACUCCCGCUCCUAUGGCCGCUCGGCAACCAGCUCUAUCGCCUCGCGCGAACCCCGGGCUCCGGGAAUACGGCGAAGCGCCACCAUCUCGGCCAUGGAAACGCCGUCGCGCGAGAGCCCAAGGGGCGGCAUGGGCGCAGGUCUGAGCACCCUCCUCGGAGCUGCAGCCGCCGGCGUCGCCAUUGGCGGCGCCAUGACCUACGCCAUGAUGCGGAACGAGCGUCAGCCAGCCUCGUAUCAGGAAUACGAGUCACAAGAAUACGCAGCAAGAUCGUAUCCGCGGCGGGGAUCCCUCCAAGACCCGCCCUCGCACCAGCAGCCUAGGUAUAUCGAGGACUCGCCGUCUAAGAAGUAUCCGCCGGUCAGUUACGGGCGGUACGCCCAGCUCGAAGCUCCUCCGCCGAGAAGCAGGGUGCCGGUCGACCUCAACGACGGGCGUUCGAGCCACUACACAGCAGGCGGCAGGGGUCGUCGAAGUAGCGAAGCGGGCUCGAUCAGGCGCCCGAUGGUGGCCGGCGACGGGGAGUACAUGAGCACUACCGGGUCCAGAAACGGGCUCGGACAGCGACUUCUCAUGGACCACGAGUACCGCAGCCAGGUAGACGGCGACGACCGCCGCAGCUACGCACCAUCGAAGGCGCCGUCGAAGUACACGGCGUCGCCGUCAAAAGCGUCGUCCAGGCACCGCGGACCCGAGUCCACGUACCGCAGCCGCGAUAGCUCAAAGGUCAGAGCGCCGCGGCCCGUCGAGGCAGAGACGUACGUCUCGGCGCGCACCGCGCGGUCCGCUAGCACGGUGCGGCCGCCGCCCCAAGCAUCCGCGUACGAGAGGACGGGGCGCAGCCGCGCGAACAGCUACGUCUCGGCGCGGGAGAGCAGGGCGAGCUGGGAGGACUGGGACGAUGACGAGGAGAACGACGACGAUGAUGAUAACGUGAGUCUUGCGCCGAGCGAUAGUAUCAGCUGCAUCGGCGACGAGGAGCGUAGUAGGCGGAACCACCGCCGCAGUUCGCAGGCCGGGGCGCCGUCGGCGGUGGGGAGGUACCGCAAGGUUGUUAACGAGUUCGACGGGAAGAGGAGGCCGUUGUACGGGUCUGAAUACAAUUACCGAUAGGUUUUUCCCGGCUUGUGGCUCGGCUUGGGGUAAGACAGGCGAAAAGUGAUGAAAAAACACUGAUGGAUUUCAAUUCCGCAAACAAACCUUGGAGCAAUAGGUAACGACAGCAUGAAACGAAAAGAAACGAAAAGG